CGAAAGUUGUGGUACGGUGAGAGGGUACCUUCAAGGCCGCCAACUUCACCCCUUUUGUUUGACGUCGCCACCGCGGAGGGGAAAAUUUCCGUUUUUGUGCGAUAGUAUAAGGCUAUAUAUACAGAUCGGCGCCGGGAACGGAAGCGCACAUUUCCUACAUCGCGCGGUUAGCUCAGGAUCCAGCCGACAUGAAGUUCGCAGCGGGAGCAAUGUGCCUAGCGCUGGCAGUCACCUUGGUGCACUCGAUGCCCCAGGGCUAUUCCGUGACAUCUUUCACGUCCGAAAGCCUCGGGCCGGAAGGUUUCAUUACGGGACGAUCUGGCUUCAGUGACUCCUCCGGAAAGAAGCACUUCACCACGUAUAUGAUUGGGCCAGAUGGCAAACGCAAGAUACUGAAAGACGAACCCGAGGGCGACAUCGAGGGACGCAGGUUGCUCGACGAAGCUACAAAGCCCGUCAGCAUGCCCAACUUCGGCUUCAAUAACUUCAACAACUUCAACGAUUUCGUGAGGCCCGACUUCUUCAGGUUCCCACAAGUUCAGUUCCCGCAAGUUCAGUUCCCACAGUUCCAGUUUCCGCAAGUCCAAUUCCCAUCCGCUCUGUUCCCUCGUGAACUGUUUCCCCCAUUCUUCACCGGGUUCGGAGGCAACGGCGAUCAGCCACGCACGGAUGAGGGCUACGGUCCAGGACAGGGCGGUCCAGGACAGGGUGGUCCCGUCGAUGGUGCCGGACCUGGUGGUGAGGGCGGUGCAGGUGGCGAACAGCCCAUUCCCGACUACCCCAACGCUGGCGGAGCAGAAGGUACGCCUGGCGAUGCAGUUCCCAACCCUGGCACCGAGGAACGCAAGACCGAUUCCGAACCCCAACCUAACCCCCCACCGGUAGAAGGUCCCACCGAAAGCAAUGACAUUCCUAAGGACGAGUCCGCUACAGCUGGUCCGCAGUAAAACAUUCUGCUAAAUAACGAAACGCUUUUAGUGUACACCAAUAAACAUCGCGCGCAUCUUUUA